UAACUUCCUCCUUUAACAUAACCUCAGCACCAAAUAUUCCUCCCUCUUAUCUGCAGCUCUGAAGACUCUCUCGCGAACCAGUUGUUUGCACAAUGGACGAAUUUGUUCGCAGUUUUUUAAAUAAAUGUAACCUCACCGAGUGGAUAGAGAAAUUUAAAGAACAAGAAGUGGACAAAGAAAGUUUGCUCUGUCUUGGAGAAAAUGAUAUUGAAAAGUUAAUUCCAAAAGCAGGCCCAAGGGCCAGAUUCAUGAAAGGACUUCGAGAGUUAGAGAAUCAAGUGUGUGAACAAGAGGAAGCUCAUCCUAAACAGGGUGGCGCUCAUGGGGGGGAGAGAGGGCAGGAGGAGCGCGGGUGUAGAGCAGCUGUUCCUUCACAUCAAGAGGCGCAAACUUCAGGUGCAUCUUGGAUGCUCCCCGAGGAUUUGCCAUCUGCAGAUACAACAUGUGAAAAUGAACUGAAUGUUAUAAAAAGAAAAGGUCCACCUGCUGAGACAGACAGCCCUGCAAAAAUCAAACGACAGGGUGACACUGCACCGGGAUUGUCUAAGGAUGACUUAAUACUGGAUGAGGUGAAAAACGUAAUAGGAGGGGUCCACGACACAUUGACUCUUGAGAAAACCAAACUCAGUGUUUUUUUAAGAAAAAAAAUUUGGGACUUGGGUACAGAGAAGAGGGACCUGGUAGGGGUCUUUGGUAAAACUGGAGCAGGAAAGAGCUCCUUGAUUAAUGCCAUUGUUGAAGAGAAAGAUCUUUUACCCACUGGAAGUCUGCAGGCAUGCACCACAGUCAUGAUCAAAGUGGAGGCUAAUACCCUAAGGAAUAAAUAUGAAGCAGAAAUAGAGUUCAUAUCUAAAGAGGAAUGGAAAGAUGAGCUGUGGUCUUUGAAAAAUCUUUUUGGCGAAAUCUCAGAUGAAGAAAAAAUAGAUGACGAAGAAUAUAAUGAGAAUAUUGAAAAAAUGACUGCUCUUUAUGGAGAUGAGUGGAAAGACAAAUCUCCUGAAACCUUGAUGGAGCCUAAAUAUUUUAAAGAAAUACCAGAAUUUCUUCGGUCCGGAAGAAAGAUCAUGCAAGUGGAAUCAGCACAAGAGUUGGCUCCAAAAGUUCUCAAAUACACUCGAAGUGACUCCAAAGAUGGACAAAGAUGGUUCUGGCCCCUGGUGAAGUGCGUGACUGUGAGAGUACCAAACAGUGAAAUACUUGAACACGUCACUUUAGUGGACCUUCCUGGAAAUGGAGACCGAAAUAAGAGCAGAGAUCAGAUGUGGAAAAAGAUUGUUGCCAGUUGUUCAACUGUUUGGAUUGUGUCUGAAAUUAACCGAGCAGCAGCCGAUAGAGAUGCUUGGGAUAUCCUAGAGACUACAUGUAACCUCAUGGGGAAUGGUGGAGAAUGUCAAAACAUUCAUUUCAUCUGCACCAAGUGUGAUGAUGAUGACAACACAGACAGCAUUUUGACAAGAAACCAAAAAGCCAAAGACUUAAUGAGGAAAGAAUUCAGUAAACUUCACAAAGUCAAGAAACAAUUUAAUGAUGACUGCUUUGAAGUUUUCACCGUGAGCUCUAAAGAAUUUUUCAAACAAAAAAAACUUACGAGUGUUGAAACUGAAAUACCCAAACUCCAAGAACUCCUUCGAGGUCUAAAUGACCAGCAUGAUCACACUCGGAACUAUGUCUGCGGAGCCUAUGGGAUUCUGUCUCUGAUCAAAGGAGCAAAACUGGGAAAUAUGGAUCCUCUUCUGACUGCACAGUUGUCUGAGAACCUGACUAGAAUCACAGAACUGGAGCUUCAGAAAGUCAAACUGUCCAUGGACAAAAUGUUUGAGGUGUUUAAAAAAUGCCUGAGUGAGGGUGUGGAGGAGUCAAAGACUAAGGCUGAACUGGUCUUAAAGAAGAAACUAAACCCUAAAGGUGGUGGGCGUAAUUUUCACAGGCCACUGAAAUGUGCAUUGCAAAACAGUGGAAUUCACAAAACUAAGAAAAAACAAAUCAACCUCAAUGAAGCAAUAUCAUCCUCUCUAACCGAGAGCAUUGAUGAAGAGUUCAGGAGAACAUUCCCAAAUGAUGCGAAAUCUGGACCUUUAUAUGGAGUAAUUCAUGCAUUUUCACUUGACACAAACCGACUGGUUCAACAGUACAAGAUGUUUGAACUUCAGUUGACAUUUAUCAAGACUGAGGUAACCAAUGUCAAGGCAAAACUUUGCAAAAAUAUUCGUGAUCGCAAAAAGAUCAUCUACUGCAGUCUGACAGAGACCGUGAAAGAGACGAUGCAAGAAUGUUACAGUGAAGCAGCACAGCACAGAGGUGCAGGCAGUCUAGAGAAGAUGAGACGUACAGUUGAAAUGCACCUCCAGAAUGUAAAGGACACAAUGUUUCACAAAGCCAAAGAUGAGGUGUUGACCCAACUGAAGGACUUGAUGGAUGAUGUCGAGAAACAGCUGAGGGAUACUCUGCAAGAAUCUAUUGAACUCUCAUUCAAAACUGACCACCAGUCAAUCCCAGAUUUUGAGCGUCAGUAUGUCUUGGUGAAGAAACACUUUGAUGACCUGUCAAAUAAAGAUGACCUUGCUUGGCCUGAUCUGUUUGACUGAUGCAUGUUGUGAGUGGAAGCAGAGCUGAUGAACUGGAGCCUGCCGCAACCAACCAGACAACAGCAUACAACAAUUCCAUUUACUUUACAUUUCCAUUUCUAAAAAUACAUUGUCAAAGUGAUAUGUACUUUUUACAUAUGCAAAUACAUUCUGAUGUCAGAGUAA